AUCAUGACGCUUCUUCCACGUACUGAACUUCGGACUGGUGCUUAUCAAUACUUAACAGUUUUGUUUGCUCAUUUCCAGAGAUUUAAUCACACGUCCCUGCAGUUUACAAGCGAUAUUUGCUCACAAUGGCAGUGGACUGGCUGGGCUUUGCCUAUGCUGCAGCGAUUGCGCUGGGAGGCUUUAUGGGGUAUAAAAGAAAAGGAAGUGUGAUGUCAUUAAUUGCCGGGCUCUUCUUUGGAAGCCUGUCUGCAUUUGGUGCAUUUAAAAUAUCUAAUGAUCCACACGAUUACUGGGCCUCUUUGAUUGCUUCUGGUGUGCUUGCUGUCGUGAUGGGAAUGAGAUUUAGGAAAUCGGGAAAACUAAUGCCUGCCGGAAUCAUGGCAGGACUGAGUCUCCUGAUGGUGUUGCGACUUUUGAUCUUCUAAGUGUCCCACGGACAGACCACACUGGGAUCUUUUACAUACAUGUACUAACUGAACAGCUGCAACGUUCAUGCAGUAGCUGCAUAUCACAGUAUUGUCAGUGUAUAAAAUGUAUCUUGCACAUUUCAAAUAAAUCAGUCCUUUUUUAGUGCCUCA